AAUUAUAAAUAUACAAUUAUGUUCUGCACGUAUGUGUAAUUAUGCGUUCUCUGCAAAUCGGAUUAUUUUACCCCGUUCUUUGAAUGGCGGGAAUGGAAACCAGUCAAACCCAGCCUCCUUACAUUUAAGCAUUUCUAUUCAUUUAGCGCAUCGUUCAGAUAUGUUUAUUAUUGAUUCUGAAUGUAGAACUUUAAAGUCUUUGUGAAAAAAUGUGGAAGGCACAUACUUGAUAUAAAGGUAUGCGUGCAAUAAGUAAAUUCUGGUGUAACCCACAUAUCGCUGUUUUUCAAAUCCUGCUAUCACGCACUUGAGCAAGGUUCUUACCCCGAACUUUUUUCAGCAAAACGUCAAGCUGUAGGCCUAUACGAUGAGUUUGAGUAAAUGAUAGUAAAGCUAUAAAUAUUCAGAUUGAUAACAGAAGGAUGUUAUGCUAAAUUACAGUUUAAUCAGUAGAAAUAACAAGGCGAAGUCCAUUAUUGACUUAAACCCUCGAGGAGCCUACCAAUCAGAAGGGACUCUCGGGAGUUACCACGGUUAAUAGGUGAUUAAAAUGUUUGGGCUAUACUGUAGUAUUUUGUCAAAAUUAAUUACUGUUAUUGUAAGAUGAUAUAUAAAAGAUUAGAAGAAAUACUUUAAUGAUCUGCAAAAAUAUUAGGCCUGUUAUUGGAGGGCAGCAGCUAUUGAAAAUAAGGGUUUUUCGUCUAAGGUUUUUUUUUUUUUUUUUUUUUUACCAAACUCUGUUGCUGAGAUUAGCAGUUAAACCUCAGUGUUAAUAAACGUAUCUUAAAGAAAUAUUUUAACACGUGUUACGAUACCGCUUGAGCUUUCUCAUAUCUGGAUUUUGGACACACAGGUAUGUGUAGCAAACAAAUAUAAAUGAGAUUAUUAUGGGAAGUUAUCCACCGCCAGCACAGGCUCCCAGACCCCAUAGCGAGGUAAAAACUGCCCCACCCGGACCUCCCCAACGGAAUCGGCAACUCCUUACUUAUCAGCUGGGGCCAGCAAAACGGCGGGGGAGGCUGUGAUGAGGCUUAAAAAGCUGUAUUUUAGCGAAGCAUCCAGAGCAGUCUGUAGACACAUAUAGUGACAGUUGCAACCUAGCAAAGAGCAAAACGGUUGCUGAAAUGCCGAGUAACCUACAGGGAACAAUGGAAGACGGACCAUAUAAGUACAUAAGGGAGGGGAAUGGAAAAGUCAGUCGUAUCAUUCGGAUCGGAACCCGAAAGAGUCAGCUUGCUCGGAUCCAGACCGACAGCGUGGCGGACAGGCUGAGGAAGCUUUACCCUGAUGUCCACCUCGAAGUCGUUGCCAUGUCAACAACUGGAGAUAAAAUCUUGGACACAGCAUUAUCAAAAAUUGGAGAAAAGAGUCUUUUCACGAAAGAGCUAGAAUACGCUCUGGAGAAGAAUGAGGUAGACCUGGUAGUGCACUCUCUGAAGGACCUGCCCACUGUGCUGCCGCUGGGAUUCACCAUAGGAGCUGUGCUGGAAAGGGAAAUCCCUUAUGAUGCGGUGGUGUUGCAUCCGAAAAACGCAGGGAAGUCCCUCGACACUCUACCAGACAGGAGCGUCGUCGGGACCAGUUCACUUCGCCGAGCAGCCCAGCUGAAGAAAAGGUUCCCCCAGCUGGAGUUCAAGGACAUUCGGGGCAACCUCAACACUCGCCUGAAGAAGCUGGACGAGACAGACAACUUUUCUGCCAUCAUCCUGGCUGCGGCUGGCCUCAAUCGCAUGGGCUGGGACAAUCGGAUUGGUCAGAUCCUAGACCCAAAGGACUGCAUGUAUGCUGUUGGACAGGGUGCGCUGGCAGUGGAGGUGAGAGCCAAGGAUAAGGACAUCCUGGAGAUGGUUUCUGUACUGCAUCACUCUGAGACCGUGCUGCGCUGCAUAGCUGAGAGGGCCUUCCUCCGACAUCUGGAAGGUGGCUGCAGUGUGCCGGUGGCUGUCCACACAGAAGUGACAGACUCACAGUUGUACCUGACUGGGGCAGUCUACAGUCUGGACGGUUCCCAAAGUUUGAAGGAGACCAUGCAGACUAGCGUCAUCCCAGGUGAUCAGGUGGAGAGAGGUGUGGACAAUGAGGCCCAGCGUGUGGGGGUGACGGCCAGCAACCUCCCCGGAUCCCCCCAGGAUGCUGCCGAGAGAUUAGGUGUGGAUCUGGCCCAGCUGCUGCUCAACAAGGGUGCCAAGGAGAUCCUGACAGUGGCAAGACAACUCAAUGAGGCCUGCUAAUCCCCUCAACCCAUUCCAGACAGACACCAGAGUCCAGGUGGAACCAGACGCUCUCCGAGAAACAAGCACAUACACACAACCUCCAGAAGGCCCCUUUUAAACCUCACCACAUCUUCUACUAAUUGUAAAAUCCUAAUAGUCUUUCAAAGAAUUCACAUUAUAUUUUUAAUAAUUAUGCGGAAUUAAAGGGCAACAUAUUUAAAUGGCAAAUGUCUAAAAAAUGCAGAUCCAACCAAUGAAGUAAUACCCAGAGACAGCAUGUGUCAGCUAGUCGACGGCUGUUCUUAUAAAGACCCCCCACUUUACCACAUCCAUCCUAUCAGUAUUCAGCUCACUGUGUCUGCGCUGAUAAAUAAGGUUGUUUGCUCUUUCACCCACACACACCAUUUCAGAAUGAAUAACCUAAAUAUCAGUACAGUUUAUUUUCAUAUAAUAUAAUUAAGAAGGGAAAGUAAAUGUCCACCGGUGAAAUUAUUUCCCAAAGAGGUGCUGUUUCUAUUCAUAGAAAGUGCUUUCUUAUGUAUAGACUGGCUAAUUAGACUCCAUCUUAAUAUGUUCAUGAAACACUGUGUGUUUUAAAAGACCCAUUACACUCCUGUAUACCAGCUCAUCAGCACUACUAGAAUGCUUACUGUGUUCCCAAUUUCCCUUCCUUAGCAUGUCACAGCUUACCAUAUAACGUAUUUACCAAAGGCCGACUUGCUGCUACUGCGAACACACAGGGUAAAAGACUACACACUGAAUGUGCAUUGGAUUACAUCAACUGUGUUGUGUUUAGAUGACAAAUGUGCUUAAUAUGGGUUUGUAAAAGCUCAGUGUCUUUGAGCGUCUGUACUUAUGUGCCUUAUGUGUCUGUGUAAUGGGUAAUAAAAAUGACUAGUACAUCGGGAAAGACACUGAUUUUUAAGGCCUACAACUGCCUUCAGAAAGAUGCAUGUAUUAGAUAAAUACCUUAUCAAAAACAAAAUCGUUUGCUGUAAAAAAAAAAAAAAAAAAAAAA